UUUUCUCUCUCUCUCGGUGAACAACUCUGUGGAAAAGGGGCAGGGUUGUAUUUUAAACUCCAGUCUCCCCCCACCCCCAAGUCCGUACAACCGAAGAGGUGGAUUUGGGAAGAAAAACACACCUAAACCUGGAACCGCGGAGAUAACCGGGGGAAGGGGAGCAACGAAACACGGGACACGUUUUUAGUAAUCGUGUGAAUUACGGCUGUGCGUCUGUGCGCACUGACGCGACGCGCGACUGUUGGAGGGGAGAGCGGAACGCGUUUGUGAGCGCUCACCUCCGUCCACGAGUGAUUCGAUCCCGUUAUCGAGGUGGAAUAUACUCGUAUUUUAUCCUCGCUCUCCUGCGGAUGCGGAAAGUUUUUUUUACUCGGAGGAUUACUUCUCACCGCGGACGCGCUACGGAUUUUAAGAAUCGCCCCCCGUUUGUUACCCUUAACUCGCCUUACUGACUCCACGGAGGGGGGUCGCGUUGAAAAGACUUCUCUCACGCUACCACAAGUGCCCCAGCCUGCGUGAAGACCCCACUCCCUGCCCGGUAGGGCCCUCGGCUCCCUGGCCUCAGGUCGAAGGUUAACUCCGGUCCUCUGCCACCCCACUGGAGCCAAGAUGGCCGCCGGCAGUGCCUCCUCGGUUUCCCUGCCGGCCCUCCUGCCUGUGGGGACCCUGCUGCUGUCGCUGCUCCUCUCCGGCUCCCACGCCUUAGCGGCGCCCCGGUUCACCAAAGUUCCCAUUGACCAGAUCGGCGUCUCGGGGGGCGUGGUUUCCUUCGUGUGCCAGGCAACGGGCGACCCCAAGCCCAGGGUGAGCUGGAACAAGAAGGGCAAGAAGGUCAACUCCCAGCGCAUUGAGACCAUCGAGUUUGAUGAGGGCGCGGGGGCAGUUCUUCGGAUCCAGCCUCUCCGGGCGCCCAGGGACGAGAACAUAUACGAGUGCGUCGCCGAGAACAGCGAGGGCGAGAUCACGGUCAACGCCAAGCUGUCAAUCAUAAGAGAGGACCUGCUUCCCUCCGGGUUCCCCAACAUCGACAUGGGCCCUCAGCUCAAGGUGGUGGAGCGGACUCGGACGGCCACCAUGUUGUGUGCGGCCAGCGGGAACCCUGACCCAGAGAUCACCUGGUACAAGGACUUCCUGCCCAUUGACCCCAACGCAAGUAACGGCAGAAUCAAACAGCUGCGCUCCGGGGCCCUGCAGAUCGAGAACAGCGAGGAGACCGACCAGGGGAAGUACGAGUGCGUGGCGUCUAACGUGGAAGGCGUGCGCUACUCGUCCCCCGCUAACCUUUAUGUGCGAGUCCGGCGCGUGUCCCCUCGCUUCUCCAUCACGCCCACCAGCCAGGAGAUCAUGCCGGGGGGCAGUGUGAACAUCACCUGCGUGGCGGUGGGCUCGCCCAUGCCCUACGUCAAGUGGAUGCUCCACACCGAGGACCUGACCCCCGAGGACGAGAUGCCGGUGGGCCGCAACGUCCUGGUGCUGGACAGCGUCCGCGAGUCGGCCAACUACACCUGCGUGGCCAUGAGCAGCCUGGGCAUCAUCGAGGCCACGGCGCAGAUCACGGUCAAGUCCCUUCCGAAGCCUCCGGGCACGCCGGAGGUGACCGAGACCACCGCCACCAGUGUCACCAUCACCUGGGACUCUGGCAACCCAGACCCGGUGACCCACUACAUCAUCCAGUACCGCGCCAAGUCCCCGGAGAGCAAGUUCGAGACCAUGGACGGCAUCACCACCACGCGCUACAGCAUCGGAGGCCUCUACCCCAACACCGAGUACGAGAUCAGGGUCUCGGCCUUCAACACCAUCGGCCAAGGCCCCCCCAGCGAACCCGUCGAGACCCGGACCGGCGAGCAGGCGCCCGCCUCCCCUCCGCGCAACGUCAAAGCCCGGAUCAUCUCCCAGAACACCAUGAUGGUGCGCUGGGAGGAGCCGGAGGAGCCCAACGGGCAGAUCAAGGGCUACCGGGUGUACUACACCAUGGACGACUCCCAGCCCAUGGCGCACUGGCAGAUCCACAAUGUCCAGGACAGCAUGAUCACAACCAUCCAGAGCCUGGUGCCGUCGGAGACCUACACCAUCAAGGUGCUGGCCUUCACCUCGGUGGGCGACGGACCCUUCUCCGAGCCCAUCCACGUCAAAGUGCUGCAAGGAGUGCCUGGCCAGCCGAACAAAUUCCAGGUUGGUGCUGUGUCAGACACCAGCAUUGAGCUGACCUGGGAGCCAGCCUACGAGAGGGAGGGGAUCAUAAGUUACAACCUCCACUGCAAAGAGGGAAGUCCUGGCAUACUGAUAAAGAAAACGUUUGGGCCCACGUCUUCCUAUGUGGUGGACGGGCUCCGUCCAAACACAGAGUACCUCCUUUCCCUGGCUGCCAUCUCCAACAAAGGCGUGGGGGCCUUCACCAACGACAUUACCCAGAAGACCUUGCAAGCAAAGCCCUCCGCCCCCCCUCAAGACAUUAAGUGCGCCCCCUCCAGCUCCACCAGCCUGCUGGUAGCUUGGCGCCCCCCGCCUGUGGAGAGCCAGAAUGGCGCCCUGGCGGGGUACACCGUGCGCUACCAGGUGGAGGCGGCGGCGGGCUCCGUCGAGUCGGCCGCCGGGACGGCCGACAAUGAGGAGACCUCGGGGGAAGUGUCAGUGCCCUCCGGCGAGCAGGUGCUGCUCCCGCGGCUGGAGAAGUGGACCCAGUACCGGAUCAGUGUGGCCGCUCUCACCCACAUGGGGUCCGGCCCCGAGAGCGAGCUGCUCAGCUGCCGCACCGACGAGGACGUGCCCGGCGCUCCGCCCAGGCGGGUCGACGUGGACGUGCUCAACUCCACCGCCCUCAAGGUGAUGUGGCGCUCGCUGGCGCCGGGCAAACAGCACGGGCAGAUCCGUGGCUACCAGGUCCACUACGUGCGUGUGGAGAACGGGGAGUCCCGCGGCCUGCCGCUGAUCAAAGACGUCAUGCUGGCCGACGCCCAGUGGGAAAUGGACGAUACCGCUGACUACGAAAUGGUCAUCGGAGGACUGAAGCCUGACACCACCUACUCCAUCACGGUGGCUGCUUACACCACCAAGGGUGAUGGAGCACGCAGCAAACCUAAGCUGGUGGUGACUAAGGGCGCAGUGCCCGGGCCGCCCUACCUGUCUGUGGCCCAGGACUCUGAGACGUCAGCGGUGGUCCGCUGGGACCCGCCGGACCUCCUCAACGGCAUGGACCUGCAGGGCUACCGCCUGCAGUUCGGCCGCAAGGACAUCGCCCCGCUGGCCACGCUGGAGUUCGACCCCCAGGAGCGCCACUACUCCGUGGGCAGCAUCCACCGGGGCACCACCUACCUCUUUAAGAUCUCCGCCAAGAGCCGGGGGGGCUUCGGCGAGGAGGAGGCGAUGGAGCUCAGCGUGCCCGAGAACACGCCGGGCGGCUACCCGCACAUCAACGCCCCGUCCAACGUGACCUGCUGCUCGGCGCAGCUGUCCUGGGCGCCGCCCGUGCUGGCGGAGAGGAACGGCGCCAUCACGGAGUACACCCUGGCCUACAAGGAGGCGGGCUCCGGGGCACCCCCCCGCGAGCUGCGCCUGGCCCCCGGCCUGUCCAGCAUUGUGCUCAACAGCCUCAAGCCGGACUCGGCGUACGACGUGAAAAUACGAGCACACACCAGUGUAGGUCCCGGGCCCUACAGCCCGCCGAUCCAGUAUCGCACAGUGGCCUUUGAGCCCACAGAUGUUCCAAAGAACUUCACGGUCAGGUGGGCCACCAAAACCACAGUGAUGGUGGCGUGGAAGUUUUCUGAGAGCAGGUCUCCGUACAAAUGCACAAUCGAGUACAGCCGGCAGAAGAUGGACAUCGACGCCCGGCAGCUGAAGGCGCUGGUCUUGGGCCUGAGACCCAACAGCACCUACGAGUUCCGGGUCACCUGCAUGGAGCGGUCGGACGGGGGCACGCGGCACCGCGUGGCGGCCAGGACGGCGCCCCUGGUGCUGGACAAGAAGCCCAGGCUGGAGAUCGACGUGGACCCCGACAGCGCCCUCACCAUCUCCUUCCCCCCCGUGGAGAGCAAGGACAUCAAGAACUUCUACUUGGUGGCCGUGCCGCUGAAGCGGACCACCGGGACGGUGAAGAACCUGAAGACCCCGGACGAGAUGGACAUGGAUGAGCUUCUCCGAGAGGUGAUCCCGAGACACCGGUCGCGGCGGCAGCUAGCCCAGCAGGACCAGAGGAAGCCCUACGUCAUGGCGUGCUUCCGGCAUCUUCCGACCAGCUACAUGGUGGGCUCGGAGCACCGCCACAGCAGCUGUGAGAACAAGCCCCUCGAGCCGGGACAGGAGUACGUCUUCUUCCUGCUGGCCGAGCUCAACACCACCUCGGGGAAAAUGUUUGCAACCAGCCCGUACACGGACACGGUGCUGACCCCGGAGGUCGUGGACGUGCGGCAGGUGGAGACGGGCGCCGAUGGCCUCAUCUGGGUGGUGGGCCCCGUGCUGGCCGUGGUCUUCAUCAUCUGCAUCGUCAUCGCCAUCCUCCUCUACAAGAAGUGAGUCGGCGGAAGCAAACGCAAAGGCGGCCAUUUUGCAUGUUUUUGACCCUGUACAUUGGGUCGUGCUUUUGACACUGUAAAAUAGACGAUGGUUGAAAUAUACCAAUGAUAUAGCAACGAUCGACUUUGUAAGCUAUGUGAAUGUGGCUUGACACUGUAAAAUACAAUGUAAAAAUGCUUACACUUGUAUAAUACAGCGUCAGUGUGCUGUGUUGCAUGCUUGAAAAGAUGCAUGGUGACAAGAAUAGAAAUCUAUGAACCAGGCGGUUCUAAUCAUCAAACUAUUGGGAAUCAAACCCCUGGCCCAAGCAGUCGAUGUUAGUGCCUUGCUCAAUCCAUUGGACCGAUCAAUGAAUGGAUACCUUAGAACCUGUUAUUUACGUUCUUUGCUUGGAUAUGGAUGGUGGAUUCAUUAUCAUCGAAUGUUAGGGAGCAUGUUGACCCCGGAGUUCAUUUGAAUUAAUCAGCAUGAAAUCAGCACGUUGAGGAAUCAUUCCCAGCAAAAACAAUUUCAAUUUUUCAAAUUGUUUUGUAUCCCAUCCAUGAAUUAUUAACACGGUUCAAUUAAGUUCGUUCCCGAAUACAGUUUUCAUCUUUAGGAUUUUUUUUUGUAGAAAAAAACCCUUGCAUGACUCUUUCUGUGAAGAGAAAAUAAGGUCCAACUCAAAGUGAGAAGGGUUAAUUAAAAAAAUGAUCCCUUCAUUGGUUGCACUAAUUCAAAUAAAUAGGACAAACAUGUAUCUCUACCUAAUAAGAGAUGAAUGGCUUUGGUAAGAUUUGAUUUUGUUUUGUUUCUCCCUGAAGCACGAAUGAGAAAAGAGAGACAUAAAGAGAGACGAGAUUCACUGAGAACCUUCAGAUACAGCUCAACAUAAAGGAACUCGCCAUUGGAUCAGAGUUGAACCACUGCGUACAGCAUAGGACUAGAUGCUGCUACUGGAUCAAAGAGCUUUAGCUUCAAUUAGCUGUUUAUUUCCAUGGAAUCACCUUAUUCUCUCUUAUCGAUGUCCCCGAUAGUGCAGCUGUUGUAAAACACAGCUGAGGGUUGCGGAGAUCACUGAAACCACCUCGUAGAAUUACACAGCUGCUCUCCAUAACAGGAAAUCUGAUCCGAGUCAAACCCUAGCCAGAGUCCUCCUCUGAAGGCUUCAGAGGGGGAGGCUUUCGGGGCUAUCUCCCGGCUCACUCCAGGUUGUCAGCCUUGCAAGCCCGCAGGGUCGAUCCCGGGGGAAGGAGAGACAGGCACAUGUCGUGUACUGAGUACCAGAGCGACUGACUACAUCCCGUCGUCAGUCAGUUAGCCAAUCAGUCAGCCACCCUGCCCAGCCAGACAGGGAAAUAGACUUUGUGAUCAGGGCUGGAGCUGUGAAGACGAACAGGAGUUCAGCGCGCUGCUAUCAGAUGAACCCC